ACUUCGGAGGCUUCAAAUCUCUCGGGCUCGAUGGGUUCAAGAUGCAACUGCUAGAGACUCUCAAGGAUUGAAUGACUAUAUUGCCCCCCACCUUCCAUUUCCCCUCGGCACUUCUUCGCUUCCCUUCUCCUUCCCUCUUCACAAACCCUAUGUUUAUCUCCAUGGCGGCCCAAACGCACUGCGAUUCUCAGGAAGCCAAUCUCCCAAACGCCCCUAAUUGUACGAUAAAUUACCCAGUGCCACUGUCCCCGCCGCUGCCGGCCAUCUCCAAGCAAAUGGAGCUGGCCAGAGCCAUGUCGGCUUCUUCCAAAUCGAGCUUAUUUUCUCUCUCUAGAAUUGACGUGGUCUUCGAGGACGAUUGGCUCAUUGCCGUGAAUAAGCCCCGGGGGGUGUAUUGUGAAAGCGUCUUGUCUUCGAUCCCCAGUCUGCUCAACGAUUCAAAUGACUCAGUUGAACUCGGAACCCAAGUUGACCUCCCAGAGCUCCAUCUCGCUAACAGACUCGAUCGCGACACCAGUGGGGUUAUGUUAAUCACUAAAUCACACAAAGUGGCCGCUAAGUUAGUGAGGGCUUUUACAGACCACAAGGUUAGGAAAACAUACAUUGCCUUUUGUGUUGGCCAAGCUCCAGAAUGGAGACAAAUCACAAUUAAGUCAGGUCAUGGUCGAUCAAAGUUUGGAGCAUGGCGCGUUUAUGCUGCGUCAGAUGUUGGUCGAAAAUUACCAGGCGGAUCAGUUGUUAGAGAUAUGCAAACUCUUUUUGAAGUAUUAUCAGUGAAUGGGCAUGGGUGCUCCAAAGAGUUAUCUGCUGAAGAAAAAUUUGUCGUUGAGGAAAAAUCUGUAGUGGAUACUAAAAAUGUGGAGGACGAGAUUUUGGUGCGAGCGUAUCCACAAAGUGGAAGAACUCAUCAAAUUCGCUUGCACUGCCAGUAUCUUGGAAUUCCCAUAAGAGGAGAUGUGAAAUAUGAGGGUGUCUAUGAGUGGAAAGGGAUAAAAUAUGACGGCCAUGAACUUCACGCAGAGAGCUUGUCCUUUGAGCACCCUAUUACAGGGCUUCCAGUUGUGUUAGAUGCACCUUUGCCGAUGUGGGCAAUCCAAGCGCUGCAGCCGUUACCGUGUUAAGCGGAGUUCACUUAUCAUCUAUCCCAAUGUUGGACGCUUCUUCUCACGAACAUGGUUGGUUGACACACAGCUUUCCUUGCGCUAGCUACUGGAAUUUUUUUAAGUGACCUCUCAAGUAAAGAUACCCAUCCAAAAGUUGUUAUGCUGAUUCUAGAUAUUGAGCUUAGCGUUUGAAAUCAAGGAGCAAGGAAUUUUUAUGAGUAGAGGUCCCCUGCCCUCCCGAGUGGUGAAAUUGGAGUCGUGUAAAAGUAUAUCCUGUAGUGAGGCACGCUUGACCUCAGGGGAGUUUAAUUGACCCAUGCCCCAAUCAGCACGUGAGUACCCAAGAAAGUGUGCGACCCGAGAAAGUACUCAAACCAGCAGAUAAGAAUGCCAGGAAGUGAGCCAGCAACUCCGGCUACACAUUAGCAAGCGUGAUGUGCCAGACUGAGCCAGCACGUUUUCUCUCCGCUAACGUAACAUUGCACAAACAAUACAAGUGGUUUCAGUAUCGAGUUCGCAUCGGCUGUUUUUUAACCAGGGGAAUCAAUUGGCUUGAAGUUGUUCCCUUCAGUAAAUUCCUGUCAAGAAACCCUGGAAUUAUUUCAGCUGGCCGGAUUUUUGAAGCAAACUACUGGGUAAGCAAAGUACUAGUAGUCACCUCCUUUACAGGAAAACCUCCGUCAGCUGGUACGUUUACAACACAUCCACAUGUGACAACCAAUCAUCAGUUAUGUCUCUGAUGAUUGCUGGCAAGUUGCCUCUCAUGGAGAAAAUGAUUAGAUCAGAUUCAUCUCUGGGCUUAAACACUACCCCUCCUCAGGCCGGAUCCUGUCCAUUUUCCCUGGAUCAGUUCGAUUCAUUUGGUGCAUCCGAACCGUCCAAAACUGUACCAAAUGAACCGAAAAGUGUUUUGGACAACUCAUAUUUAAAGGGGUGUUUUUAAAAAAAAAACACUUUGGACAGCUCAUAUUUAAGGGGGUGUUUUUAAAAAAAAAACACUUGCUCUAAAUCCUUGUGUUUUGGACGGCUUGGAUGCAUCCAAAUGGACGGAACUGGUCCGGGGAAAAUGGACAGGAUCCGAGUCCCCCCUCGGCAGCCAACCAGUUUCUUUGCCUUCGACCAGACACCGCAAGAUCACCUCACCAUUCCUCCAUCUCUGUUUCCAUAUCCAUAGACCUUCUCACAUCUCUCUUUUUUUUUUCGUUUUUUUGUUUACACCCUAAAUCGGGUAAGUCCGUAAGUAAUCACAAAAAAUUCAUGAAUCCGUUAGCGAUAAGAGCAGAAUUUUUUUUUCUCCUUUGUUGUUUUUUCUGUUGAACUCUCACAAGGUAAAUACCCUUCGUCCUUGUAUUUGGCUUUACUAGUUUGAUAAAGUACAAAAAUUUCGAGAAGCUGAAAAUUUGAAUCAAAAAGUCUUGCUAGUUUAGGCGAGUACCCGAAGAUUGGUUGCAAGAUCGCCGGGAAAGAAAGACAGCAACGAGCACUCAGCGAUCGGAGCCCAGCA